UGAGCGUCGUUUACGACAUGGACUGGUCAGAUCUUUUCGAACUAGUAAAGAACUCAGAAAUCAAUCUCUUCCUGCUGAUACCCUUUGGAGUUGCGAUUUCGAUGGCGUUCGUGUGCUUUUGUUAUCACUGUCAUCAGUGUACUCGCGAUCGUCGAAUAGCUCGGUACGAAGAGCAGAAACUUCUUUUGGAUCUCCCUUUGAGUCGGUUGUCGAUCACUCCCGGAUGCUCGAUAGUUGCCAGCACUAAACUAACCCACAGCCGAAAUAGCGCGGACAACUAUUAA